AUGACCGACAACGGACCCCUUUACCUGGGGUUUGACCUCUCAACCCAACAGCUCAAAGCCAUCGUCAUCCAAUCCGACCUCUCCAUCGUCUCCUCCGCCAAAGUCGACUUCGACCAGGACUUUGGCGCCAAAUACAAGAUCAAAAAGGGCGUCCUCGUCAACGAACAAGAAGGCGAGGUCUUUGCCCCCGUAGCCCUCUGGCUCGAGUCCCUCGACCUUGUCCUCCAGCGUCUCCAAGAGCAAAACACACCCCUGAACUGCAUCAAGGGCAUCAGCGGCUCCUGCCAACAACACGGUAGCGUCUACUGGAGCCAUGAAGCCGAGCAGCUCCUCGGCGGUUUAACCGCGGACAAGUCCCUCGUUGACCAACUCACGGGAGCCUUCUCACACCCCUUCGCCCCCAACUGGCAAGAUCACAGCACCCAGCAUGAGUGCGACAAGUUUGAGGAGACAAUGGGGACGGCAGAGAGGUUGGCUCAGGCCACGGGGAGCGCGGCGCAUCAUCGCUUCACCGGCACCCAAAUCAUGCGCCUCCGCCACAAGCUCCCCCAAAUGUACACCUCCACCUCCCGCAUCUCCCUCGUCUCCUCCUUCCUCGCCUCCCUCUUCCUCGGCUCCAUCGCGCCCAUGGACAUCUCCGACGUCUGCGGGAUGAACCUCUGGGACAUCCCCUCCAACAACUGGUCAUCGCCCCUUCUCGACCUCGCCUCGGGUGGCUCGCCCGAUGACCUCAGAGCUAAACUCGGCGAGGUAAGACAAGACGGCGGCGGCAGCAUGGGCAAUGUGUCCUCUUAUUUCGUAAACAAGUACAACUUCUCCCCUGACUGCGGGGUGGCCCCUUUUACGGGUGACAACCCCGCCACGAUUCUGGCCCUGCCGUUGAGGCCGCUGGAUGCGAUUGUCAGUCUGGGGACUAGCACGACAUUCUUGAUGAGCACGCCGGUUUACAAGCCGGAUCCGAGCUAUCACUUUUUUAAUCACCCGACCACGCCGGGGCAGUACAUGUUUAUGUUGUGCUACAAGAAUGGGGGUUUGGCUAGAGAAAAAGUGCGUGACGUACUACCUAGUUCUGAGUCUGGAGAUGUUUGGGAGAACUUUAACAAGCACGCGCUCGAGACAGCGCCGUUGGAUGUGCGAAAGGAGGGGGAUAGGGCAAAGCUGGGGUUGUACUUUUACCUGCCCGAGAUUGUACCGAACAUCAAGGCUGGUACGUGGAGGUAUACAUGUGACGCCAACUCGGGGGAGGGGUUGGAGGAGGUGAGGGAGCCCUGGGCCAAGGAGACGGACGCGAGGGCGAUUAUUGAGAGUCAGGCUUUGAGCAUGAGGUUGAGGAGUCAGAAGUUGGUGACGGCGCCGAGGGAGGGGUUGCCGGCGCAGCCAGGGAGGGUUUAUUUGGUUGGAGGGGGGAGUUUGAACCCUGCUAUUACGCGGGUGCUGGGGGAUGCGCUGGGGGGAGCGGAUGGGGUUUACAAGUUGGAUGUCGGGGGGAAUGCGUGCGCGUUGGGGGGUGCGUAUAAGGCUGUUUGGGCGUUUGAGAGGGGGGAUGGGGAGGCGUUUGAUGAGUUGAUUGGGAAGAGGUGGAAGGAGGAGGGGGCGAUUCAGAGGGUGGAUGAGGGUUACAAAAAGGGGGUGUUUGAAAAGUAUGGGAAUGUGUUGGGAGCUUUUGAGAAGAUGGAGGAGGAGAUUUUGAAAGUUGCGAAGAAUACGUAG